AUGCGCCACAAGUGGAUGCGACAAUCCAGCGUCUACCUAUUCAACGUGUCCACCCUCCUCUUUCUUCUCCUCCGAUACGUGUUCGCCGACGAAGGAGGUCUGGAAAUUCCAAAAGACGCCAAAUUCCGGCCUCGGGUCCCGAAUAAAACGGUGGCCCGGUAUGCAAAUGGCUCCCUGAACUACGCCGACAUUCCAGAAAACCGCUGUUUCUGCACUUAUGGCCAUGAGGAGGGGGUAUGCGACAAGAACGAGACUUGUAUCCGGCACCCACAAGCCGCUUGCUACCAUGCUGUGGAGUUGAUCUACGAUAAGAAGCUUUCAACAAUGGUCCAUUGGCACAAAUAUGGAUGUGCGACGGCUGAAAGGGGCAGCGGGGCCUCCCAUCUUACGUGUCGCCAGUCGCGUCAACAUCACCACAAGGUCAUCGGCUGCUGCUAUGAGGGGAACUACUGUAACCGGGACCUCAACGUCACGCUCCAUUUCUAUGAGGAGGAAGCCCUGGAAUUCCCGUCUUUCGAGGACUCCGCUUGGUUGUGGAUAGUACUGCUCGGUCUCCUCGUGCUCUCCGUGCUCAUGCUCAGCCUCGUCGGCGUCUACACUUUCUAUAGGAAAUAUAAGCAACCCAAGCGCAGAAAGUCGCUUCUCGACGAAGAGCCGAUGCUGGAUGGCGAGGAAUCGGGUGGUUCCGGUUCCGGAAUGUCCUCCCUGAAUCAAAGGACGGUGGCCAAAGAUCUGAACAUCAUCAAGGUCAUCGACCAGGGUCGUUAUGGCAAAGUACGGAAGGCUACGUAUCGCGGGAGUUUUGUGGCUGUAAAGACCUUUAACACAACCGAAGAGGACUCGUGGAAAAAUGAGCGGGAUGUCUACCAGACCCAGAUGUUGAACCACGAAUCGAUUUUGCAAUUCGUCGCCGCCGACAUCUUCAGCGAGGACACGAUUACACAGAUGCUCCUCAUCACGAACUACCACGAGCUUGGCUCGCUGUGCGACUACUUGAGGAGGGUCGACGUGAUUUUGGACACCAAAGAGGCGUUGGAGCUCGUUUAUAGCUCUAUCUGCGGCAUUGAUCAUCUGCACAAUUCGGUACUUGGGACUGGGAGUCGGAGAAAGCCGGAGAUUGCUCAUCGUGAUUUGAAGAGUAAAAACAUCAUCGUCAAGCGCCCCGGGUUCUGUUGUAUCGCCGACUUUGGAUUGGCCGUGAGAUUGGAAGGCGACAAGCUAAUCCCGGAGCGCGUCAACAUCCAGGUCGGCACCAAGCGAUAUAUGGCGCCGGAGGUCCUCUCCAAGCAGCUAAACACGCGCGAUUUCGUCCAGUUCAAGCGAGCCGACAUCUACUCGUUUGCGCUGGUGAUUUGGGAGGUUAUGCGACGGAUUGAGCUGGAUACCCUUUCUGAAGGCAGCGACAUUGACCGGAAGUUCAGCGCUUCUGGGAAAGAUUCUACGCUCGGCUCGAGCGGCCAAAGUACACACGGAAGUGGAGAUGAAGGACAAGAACCGUCGGAUUCGGGGGUGGUAUUGGAAGGGAAGUGGAACACCUCCUCAAUGAAGUGCCACCCCUACGCUCCUCCUUACGAAGGCCUGGUCCGCUCGGAUCCGUCUUUCGAGGAAAUGCGCCAGCUUGUCUGCGAUCAAGGGGUUCGACCGCCAGUCGAUAAUGGGUGGCUGGAUCCGGCGAAUAAAGAGCUCUACGAGAUGGCUACCGUAAUGCGCGAUUGCUGGCACGCGAAUCCCAGAUGUCGAUACACCGCGUUAAAAGUAAAAAAGUCGAUGGGCGCCCUUCUUCAGAGCUUGCAACCCAAUCAGGAAACGGUGCAUUCGCUGAGCAAGUGCUCCUACAAGAAGGAGGCCGACAGCGGGAUUGGCAGCAACUCGAAGAGCAGCAACUCGCACUCGAAGGGAUCGGGAUCGGGUACGAGACUACAUGGCCAGGAUGGGAUUGUCGUCUUGGAA